AUGGCACUGGCUGUUACCAGCUUUACUGGUUUAGCCCCAUCAACUAGAAGCAUCACAACCCACGGCAGGGAGCAGCAGGCAGACGGGGCACGCCCGACGUCGGGGGGCUCCCCACGCGCCGCUCAUUCAUUCCUCCACCAGCAGGAGCUCUGGCUCGGCUACAGCCCUGUAGAGCAGGAAGCCCAUCUCUUCGAUCUCCUCCUCCAGCAGCUCACCGAAGAGGUUGACUUUGUGGUUGAAAUAGGAAGGCAGGACGCCUUGCUCCAGGUAGCCGACCAGCUCCUCCAGCACCUGCUGGAACCGGGCAGCGAGGCUGCCCUCCGCCCAGUCCGAACCGGCGGUGCUGAGGUGCAGGACGACGUGCGCCAAGGGGCUGCCGCUCAGUUUGCGCAGGGCAGGGUGGCUCCUGCAGACGCCGUUCAGGACGCGGAGGCAGCGCUGCCUGGCCCCGGCGUCGCCAGCAUCCAGCUCCCUCACCUUCGAGACCUCCGCCCUGCCGAAGCUCUCCAGCCAGAGGUUUUCCACCAGUCCCUCGGGAGGAGCGGCCAGCAGAACCUUGCCGUCCAUCUCCACCACCGGGAAGAGGGCGACGCUCAGCUCCACCUGCUCGUGUUUCACCUCCAGCCUCAGCUCCCGCGAGGCCACGACCGGGCGGAUGAGGCUCCCCAGGAGACCGCCGAUGGCAGGCCAGUUGAUGGAGGCCACCAGCAUCUUGUGCAGGGUCUCGUUGAGCGCGUUGGAGGAGAGGUACCGACCCACGAGGAACUUGUCCCAGGGGCUGCACCCGCGAGGGAAAUACUCCAGAUCCCUCCUCUUGAUCAUCCAGUACCGGGGGUUUCUCACCACGGUGUCCUCCCCUGGGAUGAGGCUCCAGUGCGUGGCGUCGAGGACCACGGGCAGCAUGAAGUGGACGUGGUCAGCAGCGAGAGCCCCGAGGCCGUCGAGCAGGGGACCGCUGAGGAAGAGGCUGCCGAAGGGCAGCUCCGGGCACUUGUUCCUCAGGAAGUUCUGCAGCUCGGCGCAGAUGCGGCGGGCCAGCUGCCGGCCGAACGCCGCUUGCGCCUCGUGCACGGCCGGGUGGCUGCUGGAGUGCAAGAGGAGCUUCUCCUGCAGCGUGAGGCAGCGCGGGGGGCUGGAUUCGACCUGAGGAGGCUCCGGAGGUGCUGGGCAGACCCUGGGCUCUGGUGCUGGUGGUGGAGCCGGAGAGAGCAGGGGCUCGCUGAGGUCCUCCCUUCUCUGCCUCUUGGGAGGUUUUUGCGCCGCUUUGAUCAAGGCCAAGUCCUGCCAGCUCUCCUCCAGGGUCUUCCGCUCGGCUUUGGGAUCGCCUUCAUCGCGAGGGCUCGUGGCUCGGUCUAUCAGCCGUUUGACGGCCAGCGUGGCGAUGGCGAGCACGGCCGCCCCGCUGACGCCCAGCACCAGCCUGGCGUUGGCCAGCAGCACGUCGAGGACGCUGCCCAGCCCGCUGUCGUCCUGCCGCUUGCCCCGCUUGUGCGUGAACUCCAUGGUCGCCCGCGCAGCCCCCGGCAGCCCCCCGUAGCCCCGCAGAGCGGCGCGGGACGGCGCGCCGGCGCGCCCGCAGUACCCGGCGCGCCUCGGCGCAGCCAAUAGCAG